AUGGACUCAUAUCGAGCUAUGUGUAAUGAAGCUGGAGGUAAAGAAAACUUGGGACACACAAAGAAAGACCAUCUGAAUUAUUGGACAAGAUUGAAAAUGAAAGAUAUUGAAGGUGGUGAUGCACAAGCAGUCUCUGAAAUAAUGUACCAGGAACUUGCUAAUGAUCCUGAAUUUUUCUUUAGAUUUAGAUUGAACAAAGAAGGCAAGUUAAGAGCACUAUUUUGGAGAGACUCAAUGAUGAGAGAAGAUUAUAGUAUUUAUGGAGAUGUUGUAGUGUUUGACACUACAUAUAGGACAAAUAGAUACGAUUUGAUAUGUGCACCUAUUGUUGGAAUAAAUAACCACUGGAAAAAUUGCAUAUUUGGUUGUGCUUUUAUUGGAGAUGAGAAAAUAGAAUCAUUAGUAUGGCUCCUUGAUACUUUCAAAAAGUCAAUGGGAGGGAAAUGCCCAAUCUCAAUCUUCACAGACCAAGAUCAAGCAAUGUGCUCUGCAAUACAGAAGGUCUUUCCAGAGGUCAGACAUAGAUUAUGUAUAUGGCAAUUGGAACAAAAUGCUAUUACAAGAUUUGGAUCGUUGAAACGAGACAAGGAUUUUAAGAGAACAUUCUCCUACUGUUUGAAACAAUGUGUAACUGAAGUUGAGUUUGAAACUGAAUGGAACUCAAUGAUUGAGAAGUAUAAUUUACAAGAAGAUACUCUAAGCAAAGACUUCUUCUCAGCUGGUAUCCUCUCUUCCCAACGAAGUGAAAGUACCAAUCAUGCAAUUGGGUUUAGAGAAAAUAGAUCAACAAGCUUGACUGAAUUCUAUACCAUUUUCAAAGCUUGUAUACAGCGUUGGAGAAGCACGGAAAAACAUGAUGAGUUCUCGUGUAGUAAAUCAACUGCAUCAUCAGCAAUACCAUUAUCUGGUCUGCUGAAACACGCAUCAGAAAUCUACACUUUGUCUUUAUUCACAGAUUUUGAAGAAGAAUUUGGGUAUUCCAUUGCAACUACCACAAAAUUGCUUUGGCAAAAUGGUAGUACCUUGUUCUAUUUAGUGGCAAUUGAAAGUGAACCUUGGUCGGAACAAAAAGUCACUUUUGAAUAUGACAGCAACCAAGUUAAAUGCACUUGCAAGAACUUUGAAGCUUCUGGAUGGUUAUGCUACCACUACAUCAGAAUAUUACACUUACAUUCAGUGAUGAGAAUACCAGAUCAGUAUAUAAAGAAGAGAUGGACAAAGUUUGCAAAAUCAUCAAUUUGGGAAGGACAAGACAAUGAAGAACCUGAACAAAAUCAAUACGCACCUUGGCGUCAAACCAUGGCUAGAAAAUUCUAUAAUUUAAUAUUGAAAAGUCAAUUGAAUGAAGAGGCAAGAACCCUUAUCGAGGACAGUUAUGCUGCUAGCCUUUUUCUUGUUGAAGAACUACUAACAACCAUCAACAACACUACUGAAGCAGAGACUAACCAAGCUACUGAAACAGAGACCAAUCAAGCUAUUGAAACAGAGACCAAUCAAGCUACUGAAGCAGAGACCAACCAAGCUAUCGAAGCAGAGGCACCUCUUAUAUUAGAUCCUGAACAUACAACAACAAAAGGAAGGAACAAAAGGCCACGAGGACCACUAGAGAAGAAAAGAACGAAGACAGCAGUACCACCACUUGAGUUUGGAGCUAUAACCCCUAAUUUGAGACUAUUUUGA